AUGGACACCUACAGAGUGAACCAAUACAACAUCACCGUCCCCUCACUAAUCACAAACCGUCUCAUCCAAGGCGCCUUCCGCUACCAGAAGCUCAACCUCUCUUCCGCCGGCUCCCUUCAACUCCGCAACAUCGGCGUCAAGCCCACCACAUCCACCAUACCCGUGACACAACUCCCCGGAUCCUUCGAAUGCUCCGAUGAAGAUCUCACACGCAUCUGGACCACUGGCGCGCGGACAGUCCAACUCACCGAGAUCCCCAAGAACUCCAUCCCCGACUUUCUACAAGUCUCAGACGAAGGCGCCUACGCCGAAAGCCAGGCACCGCAAGGUCUAGCCGGUGCCGUGACCGCCCAACUCCUCAACUACCGUCUCGAUAUCCAAGCCAAACCCGUCAAAGGCGGCUUCGGCGUCUCUGUUCUAUGUGACACGCUCAACAGCUGCGUCUAUCUCUCCUUCAACUUGGACAGCCACACCAUCGCAGCCCACGCCGGCUCAACCAGUCUCGACACCCUCCUUGCAACAUCCCCUUUGCCCGUCAACACCACCCUCGAAACCUGGCACGAUGUUCACAUCAACGUAGCAAUGACCUCCAUCACCGUAACCCUCAACGCCCUCCCAGUUCUCAACCUAAACCAAACCUCCCGCUACUUCGGCUCCUUCGGCUUCGGCGCCUCCUUCGGACACGCAGCCUACUUCCGCAACCUCACUGCCAGCACACCCAUCGGCGAGACCAUCUACACCAACCCCCUUACAUCUCCCUCCUUCCUCUCAGACUUCAUGAUGGGCGCAAACCCAGCAGACACGAUCGUAGACGGUUCGCGGCGCGACAGAAUCGCCUACACGGGCGACCUCGACGUGGCCCUCGGCGCCGCCUUUGCAAGCACCUUAUCCUUCAUCGACGGCUCACUUGACCUCCUGGGGUCUUACCAAGCUAUACCAGGCUUCUUCAUCCCCACCGCAAAGAUUCAAUAG